AACCCCCACAGGGACCUGGUGCAGAUGACGUGGAACCUGUUUCACACAACUGCUACUUGAAGGGAAAAAAGAAGCCAAUGAUACCAAGAAAAGCUCAUAACAGAGAUCUAUUCACCAGAUGUGUAUGGAUGAAAAUACAGUGAGAUGAGUCAGAAAGUGGUUAAGGAGGGCCCCAGACUCUCCAAGAACCAGAAGUUCUCGGAGCACUUCAGCAUACAUUGCUGCCCGCCGUUCACCUUCCUCAACUCCAAACGCGAGAUUGUGGACCGCAAGUAUAGCAUCUGUAAAAGUGGCUGCUUCUACCAGAAGAAAGAGGAGGACUGGAUCUGCUGUGCCUGCCAGAAGACCAGCACCAGCCGCCGCGCAACGUCCCCUCAGAGGCCCAAGCGCCAGCCAGCUGCACCCCCCGCGGUGGUCAGAGCACCGGCCAAGCCACCGGCCAAGCCACGGUCCCCUCCGAGGUCUGAACGUCAGCCACGCCCCCGCCCAGAAGUCCGAACUCCACCAGCCAAGCAGCGCCCCCCUCAGAAGCCCAAGCAGCAGCCGCGCAGCAGCCCCCAGAGAGGGCCAGGCACCAGCCGUGGGGGGUCCCCCAACAAAGCCUCUAGGUUCUGGUAACACCAUCUCUUCCCUUUUGCUCCCCAGCCCUAAGGUUAGUAGCUGCUUCCUGUGUUUACUAACAAUAGGUUAUCUCAGUGGCCCUCCUUCAGCCUUACCAAACCUGUGUAAUCAAUUCCCUGCAUUAAAUCCCCUUGUUUGAAA